AUGGGAUCCGACGCCAUCUCCGCCCUAUAUGACUCGUUAACGUCUCAAUCUGAACCUCCAAGUGUCGCGACUGUCCUGCGAUUCUUUCACUCAGUGCGCGCUACCGCCCAAAACGCUUCAUUCGUCUCUAUCGCCAACUAUUUCCGCGGCGUCUACCGCAAUGAAAAUGUGAAUUGGGGUCGGGUUGUGUUCUUGACUACCUGUGUGAUCGCUAUGACUGGAUGUGGGUUGUUGUCACUGGUGAGACGCAAGCGGUCGGGGAAGAAAAGCUCUCGUGCGCAACGUCCCGCCGCUCGCAAGACGUCGACCAAAUCUUCGAAGACUCUGAGCUCCUCGGAGGAGGAGGAUUAUGAAGAUGAAGACUACGAUAGCAAUGCAUCGCUGCGACAUGGAACCAAUCCCAACUAUAAGACGGAAGAUUGGUCGUCGGACAGUCAGCAGCAAAGCUCUGAUGCCUACGAAACGGACCCGGGCAUUCUCAGGAAAUUCACCACAUAUAACUCCUACACUACUUCAUUCGCCACCUAUCCCGCCAUUCGCACCUUUUACAGCCCGCAUCCACACCUAGCUCGACUCCCGACCAAACCGACUCCCGUUCCACUAAUCGUGGUUGUUCAUGGGCUAGGCGGGUCCCUCGCACAAUUCCACCACCUCCUAACCAGUCUGUCUAAUGUUGCUUCAUGCUUUGGUAUUGAUUUGCCCGGGUGUGGACUGUCCAAGUUUGCGCCUACGGAUUGGGAUGCAUACACCGUGGAGGCUCUGGCUGAACUGUUGGCUGAAGCCAUCAAUCAGCACCGGGACCGUGCGUCUGGCCAGGAAGUCAUUCUAGUGGGACACAGUCUUGGGUGUUCCUUGUCAGCCCUCUUGGCUUCAUCAACGUCGUCCAUUGGUGCAAAAGUGAAAGAGCAUAUCAUUGCCCUUGUUGCUAUGUGCCCUCGAGCCGAGCCUCCAUCUGCGGAAGACACUGCCAAAUUUCGCCGACUACUUUAUGUUCCUGGUCCAAUUUUCGAUCUUUGGCGCCGCUGGGACAGAUGUGGAGGCGAACAAAGUGCAAGUGUUAUGCGGAUGGUUGGCAUCGCUGCCGACGCGGAAACACGAAAUCUCCAGGUGCGCUUCAACAAGCAAAGUCGGACGCCUGUUUGGCGACGCAUGGCGUGGGGUACACUUCCCACCUACGAUAAUAGUGGCCACCCGAUUGGCGGGCUCCCUGGUCAACAGGUCUGGGCGGGAAUUCGCAUGCCAAUUCUAUUGGUCGCGGGAGAGACGGAUGCUGUGACCAAACCGGUGGAGGUGCAGAAGCUUUUGAAAUUCUUUGGCGAUGCUUCAGCCCAUAUUGCGAUUGACACUAGCGAUAGCAGCAUCAUCCCAGACGCUUCGCGAGUCCACGACCAGAUGUCACCUCCAGUCGGCGAUCUCGUCAGUGGGAAGGCGUUUGGUGUGCAGGUCUCCGAAAAGCAUUUGGACGGUACCCAGCGGAAGCGAGUGGUCAAAUCAGCGAUUUUGCCGGCGCCCGCAUCUCACGCACUGCUCUACGACCGGGCGACCUAUCGCACUCUUGCAGGAAUUAUCCAGGAUUUCCUCUCGUCAAAUGUCGACAAGCGUCUCGGUCUGGGCUGGCAAUUGCAACACAUGAACACAUCUGGAAAGUGGGAUGUCAAGAACCUCGCCAAAUGGAAGAAGGUUGUCCCAGUCUCGGAACGAAUUGCCAACACAUUUGUCGCGCUCAAGAUGUUGCGCGAGGUUGACGAGGAACACAACCCUGUGACUUUCGCGGCAAAGUAUCAUGGUCGCAUACACGCUGUCAUAGACAUCAGUCAUGAAAGUCCAGUCUAUAACCCAGCCGAACUGGAGGCCGGUGGGAUUCGCUAUUACAAGCACCCGACUAUAUCCAAGAUUCCUCCGACUCCAGACGAGACGCGUGACUUUAUUGCUCUGGUCAAUAACAUUGAAAAGGAUAUUGAUGCGAAGAUGGAGCAGCGUACGGAGGAAGAGAAGGCUCUGCCACGCCCAGUGGUCGGAGUUCACUGCCACUAUGGCUAUAACCGUACGGGGUUCAUGAUCGCCUGCUAUCUGAUCGAGCAUCUUGGUUUUGGUGUUCAAGAUGCCAUUGACGAGUUCAACCGGUGCCGACCCCCUGGCAUCCGACAUGGUCAUUUUAUUGACACUCUAUUUGUGAGAUAUUGCGUUGGGCUGAAGAGAGCGCCCACGCUGUAA